GGUCAGAGGCGCUUAUACCCUCGAAACGCAUACAUAGGAGUCUACGCCACUGCGCGCCGCUGUCCUCCCGGUGGAGAAGGUUCUGUGGAACAGCAGCGUGGAGUCGAGUCGCCGGGAUCGGAACAGAGAGAGAGAGAGAAAGACGGAACCACUGGAUAGAGGAGAAGAGGGAAAGCCGGGUUCCGUGCAUGGGCGGUGCCAGUUGUUCCUCGUUCCACGGGAGAGGGGGCGUAGGUGGGCCGUCCUUCGUGGAAUCGUGUCCGCCCCACCUUCUGUCGUGCAGUUUUCACGGUUCCACCGCGAUGCGGCGCUAGCUCUGGCUGGAACCAGUUGCAGCUGUACCGGUUCCCUCACUCCGCAUCGCGGCUUCGGCACGGCAGACGGGCCUGUAAAGUAUUUACCGUGGCGCAGCGUGCUCGCGCGUACCUUCGUUCCCUUGGCGUUCCGUUCCUUUGCGGCGUGUCGUCGUCGGGUCUCGUCGAGUGCCGUCACCGGGCACAUGCGCCAUGAAACGGGCCUGAUAUGUGCGUCCGGUCGUUCCUUCGCCGGAGGACGGACUGAGAGAUCGAUCCCCCGUUCCGUCGACGCUCGGAGGACACCUCGAGAGUGGUAGUAUUCGAGUGCAGGUGCGCGGACCGGCCCGGUGUUGCUUCGUACGUUCGGUCUAACCAAAAGUGCUUUUGUGAACUUGUUCGGGUUUGCGUUAUCUGACGAUGGAACCAGGGAUCCCGCGACUGGAUUCCGUAUCACGGACUGCGCUCGGCCAUCCCGGCUCGCGCGGAUGAACCUGUCAGUGAUUGUGCAGUGAAAAGGGGUGUACUUUUCGACCCGGAGAACCUGUGACUCUGCUCGGUGUCAUCGUUAUCGUUCUCCGACAUCGGAGCAAGCCAGAGUCGGGGUGAUUCUUUUUCAGACGAGAUGUGCCCGCGAGGGCGCGCCUUUCACCCUCACGGACAGCGAUCGGUACUGCCCGAGAUCGUCCUGUGAGAAGGAAUCGGUGAGAGUCGAAGAGGACCCGCGGGGUUCGGUUAGUGACGUUCUCGAGUGCGGAAUAGUCCUCGAAGGGAGGAAACUACGAGAGAACGGUAGAACAAAGGUGACAGCGGUGGCGAAGGAGGAAGAAGAGGCAGAAGAAGAGAACCUGCGCAGCGGACGCCAUCUCCGCGUUAUCGGCAAGCGGAUCCUCCGGGACUCCCCCCCAAGCAGCUUCGGCGUCGCGCACCCUCGGCGGGAUCUACCCCGCGACAGCAGCCACCCUGAUGGGAGUGUAUGAGGAGCGCGCCCCUCCUACCACCGGCAUGCACUGGCAGCCGGCCAGCUCGCAGGAGCGUGGCAGCGGCUUGGCUGUGGGGCGUCAAGGGGGGCCCGGCAGCGCGGGGGGGCCCGGAGCAGUGGACCAGGCGAGGGACCUAAGUCCCUGCCUCCCCGCGUCCAUGGGCGACGCUGCACGACCUACCACCUUACCGUGCAGUCCUCCUGCCGCCCACCAUCACGGGCCCCAUCAUACGCCCCUGCAUCAGACCCACUGCGGCACCAACAACAACUGCUACGACGGACCCACCACCCCCUACGACUCUAGGGACUACGAUUCUCCUGGAGGCGGACAAGAGUACAGGAACAACAACAGCAACUUCGAGAACCCGAGCGACCUGAGCAUGCCGCCCCAAACGGCCCACCACCACCACCACCACCAUCACCACCACCAUCAUUCCCAUCUGCAUCACCAGACUCACUCGCAAGAACAGCAGACCACGGAACACUUGCACGCUAUCCCGAAGCUGGAGCCACCGCCCACCCCGCCCGCGCAGUCCGAGGACGUCCCAGGGGUGGUUUGCGCCGGAUGUGGCCUCCGGAUAUCCGACAGGUUCUACCUGCAGGCCGUCGACAGGAGGUGGCACGCCGCAUGUCUUCAGUGCUCGCACUGCCGUCAGGGCCUCGACGGCGAAGUCACCUGUUUCAGCAGGGACGGAAACAUUUACUGCAAGAAGGACUACUAUCGGAUGUUCGGCAGUAUGAAACGGUGUGCCCGGUGUCAGGCAGCAAUCCUAGCCUCCGAAUUAGUAAUGCGAGCCAGGGACCUCGUGUUCCACGUUCGUUGUUUCUCCUGUGCGGCUUGCGCCGUGCCCCUGACCAAGGGCGAUCAUUUCGGGAUGAGGGAUGGCGCCGUGCUCUGUCGACUUCACUACGAGAUGGGCGCGGAAAUGCAUCCUUCCCAGAGUCCUCCUGUUCCAGUCUACCCACCAGGUCCUCAUUAUCCUGGCCAACCGUUCCCUUCGCCAGAAUUCCUUCAUCAUCACCAUCAUCAUCCCUCCCAUCCCCCGCAUCCCCAUCACUCGAUGCAUCCGCAGCAUCCUCACAGCCACGUGAGCCCUGUGCCCCUUCAACCCUCGACGCCAUCCGUGCCCGACGCGGGAUCGCCACCGAAAGUACCAUACUUUAACGGCGCCGCUGUCGUGCCGCCGCCUAGACAGAAGGGCAGGCCGAGGAAGAGGAAGCCCAAGGACCUCGAAGCUAUGACUGCUAACAUAGAUUUAAACGCGGACUACAUAGAUAUGCCCUUCGGUAGAGGGGGCCCGGCGACUCCUGGCAUGCCUGGUUCCAACAGCAGAACAAAACGAAUGAGAACGAGUUUCAAGCAUCACCAGUUAAGGACGAUGAAGAGUUACUUCGCGAUCAAUCACAAUCCCGACGCGAAGGAUCUCAAGCAACUUUCCCAGAAAACUGGCUUGCCAAAAAGGGUGCUGCAGGUCUGGUUCCAGAACGCCCGCGCAAAAUGGCGGCGCAUGGUGCUGAAGCAGGAGGGCAAGUCGGACAAGUGCGACGGCGGCGUGGACGGCGGUUCCCUUGGCGACCUUGAGCUUUACGGGAACAGCACCGGAAGCGGCGGUCCGCCGAUGAGUCCUCCGUUCAUGCUAGGUGGACCGCACAGCCCUGCGUCCUUGGCGUCCCUGGACUGCGCGUGAUCCCCGAAAUCCCGUUUUCAGGCCAAACCGAUCGAACGAGACUCGCAAAUGGACGCGUCGAUGUUCUACGAGUCCAGGAUCCGCGAGCUGGACGCCAGGGACAGAGACGUGGGACUCUUUUCGACGAAUCCGCGGUUUUCGUUGCUGGACGGGAGCGCCGCGACGCUGUGAAUAAUUUAUUUUGUCGCGCACGAACGAACCAAGAUGGCGUUCCCAUCGCGCUCGGGGGAGUUGGUUGAUCCGCGAAAGAGGAACGAUCGCAGGGACUGGAGAUAUCCAGCGAGAAGGAUAGUUUGGGAAGACAGAGUGACUCGAAGCUGUUGUUUUAACCGAGGCUACCGAUGCUUCGGUUUGUCGCAUUGGAACUGGGUACGAUGGUCCAUGUUCCUGGGAAGUGAAAGAAUCGACUUACGUAAAUAAAAAGGUUGUAGAAGUACCCUAGUCUUACGUGUCCGUCACAUACUGUCGCAUUUGAACAGCCUAAUAGAGGAGUAAAUGGCAGAGAUUUCCUCGACAGGACUACUGGCAGGGAGACUCCCAAAUCGAAUCUUUCAUUUGCGGGACCUUGAGUCUUGACUUUUACCCGUGACUAACUUUUCAUUUCAACUUGUUACUUUAUCAACGAGUCACUGUCUUACGAAUAAACAGUAUAGAACAAACAAAAACAUAGUCGGAUCAAACUCAAUUGGCAAGAUCCUAUCUCUAUAGGAUGGUACUUUAGCUAGGAAUCCUGUGACCACUAGAGAACCAGCUAAGGAGUCUAUGGCUGAAAACUCGAAAGAUGAUUCGCGGGUUACGAGGAAAGUGGAUGUAGCCGAGUAACUUUUGCUCAGACGCUGGCGUUCGAAGGCUGACUAGCGCGUCUGAUCAUAUACGAUCCGCGACUACUUUGAAAUCAGCUUUAUAUGUAGCUUCGCAACAUUUAGUUCGGAUUUGGUUACGGACGGUCGCUUCUCUUUGAAAGGGAACGGUAGUUAGGUGUCCUACAUUCGCUAGUGGUUCACAGGUCCAGGAAUCUAUAGCUGCAAGCUGGAUCUUAUAGCUGAGAGCUGAAAAGGUGUUUCCUGAGUGAUAGGAAUUGUAAUCCCUUGUAUAAGGGAAAUAUGGAUCGUGUCGUGUAAUUUCUGCUCAACCACAGGCCUUCGAUUCGCAACACCUUCCAGAUAUCAAUUUCUCAACUCUGCUUAGUCUAAUACAGAUUCAACUAGGGAAGGUUACCAACCUCUAGGAAAGAAAUCCUAUUAAAAGUUCUACAUCCACUAGAAUUCCAGCCGAGAAUCCUAUAACUGAGUGCUGGAAGAACGAUUCCUCAGCGAAGAAGUAUUUAGUAUCAUAUGUAAAGGGAGCGUGAUUAACGUCGAGUAAUUUUUGCAUAAUUGUGGAACCUGUAUCGAGGAGUACCGUCAUAAUGGACAUUAUUAAUCCUUAAACUCCUAUUGGCGCCUAUAAGCGCUCGUCAAAAUCGCUCAACAGAUUGGUACACGCAAUGUCGUCACCUAUUAUAAAUGGAGUUUCCGGUGCUCGAUGAGUUAAACUCCACAAAUUACAGGAAAUGGGAUAUCAAGAACGAUCGAAGACCUUGAUAUCAUUCACAAUUGUGUUGGAUAACAAUGCUACUGCAAAAGUCAGAAAGCGUGCGUUCGUAGGUUUGCACCACGAGAGUGGGGGGCAGUGAAGCGACGCGGUGGGGGUAAGCAGACGCCGUGGUGGGGGUCUGUCCUUCACCGCUCUCGAGCGGCCAGUUGAUGUUGAUUCGACGUCAUGAGCGACUUGCCUCAGGAUUAACGAUUGCGAUCGACCUUCGUCUCCCCCGAUCGGAUAAGCUGAAGAACGGAGGACACGUCGACUAAGCGGCGAUUGUACCGUAACGGAGGAUCGAUUAGUUGAAUGAAUAGAAAGCGUUGUAUUUAUUUCAGCCGUCACGGUGUGAUCAGCGUUGUUAUGUUCGAACGUGUACUUGCGCCUUUUCCGUCGAAUCGCCGACUUCGUAGCAGGCUUCGCCGUGUGAUUACGCGUACGCGAGAAACAUACGGUCGCGCAUACGUACACGCGAUACACACUUCGGCGAGUGCGUUUCGACGUCGCAUCGCUCGAAAACGUUUGUAAUUAGUUGUCGAUGUCUAUUUAUUGGUUAUAAGCGUUCUGAGGUAAGCCUAGUUAAGGGUUACGAACUUUACCAGUGCUGUGUGAAAAUCCAACGUUUCCGAAGGGAGGGUAGGGAGUAGAGGGGGACAUGUAAUACUUUCGGUCGCAUUACGUAAUAAUAUAAAUAAAUGAAAAAAUAUAUAUAUAUAUAUAAAUACAUAUAUAUGUAUGAACGUAAUAAUAUAUAUUAUUAUUAUUAUUAUUAUCAUCAUCGUUAGAUGACUUAAACGACAAAAGCCCGAUCGAGUGGUUCGAUUCGAUUAAUUCGGUCCCGUGCAUCUCGACAAAUUAUUACUCGUUCCGAGCCGUUGAAGUGCGGGCGUUCGUCGACGGAGAGUCAUUGAAAUUGUUAAUUCAAAAUAUCGUGCUCUGGCGGUGGUUCGUGUCGCGCGAAACGUUGGGUUUUAACGUCGAGUAAGUAUAAAUAUAUAAAUAUAAAUAUAUAUAUAUAUAAAUAUAUUAUUUAUAAAUAAAUUCGGGCGCGUCGAGCCCGAGAACGAUGUGUAAUUAUAAUUAUUGCUCAAAAAAAAAAAAAAAAAACAGAAAUGAAAAUAAAAGACGAAGAUGUGGCGAACCCAGAGGGAGCGGAAGGUAUAAGUAACGGCGGAUCGAGUCGCGCCCGAUCGCGAAUCCUUGGCGUAUUUCACGUAAUUGUUGUAAAUAAAGGACGUUCCUCGAGUCUCUUAAGGCACCGCUAUAGGUUGUAGGGAUUAUAAUUGCAUUCGGUAGCGGUUCUGUUAGGCAAGGUAAUAAUGAUGACGACGAAUUAUUAUUAUUAUCACUCCUAUUAUUAAUAUCCUUGUAACGAAUGGAACGAUUGUCUAAUUUUACAAGAUGAUUUUUUCAUUGAAUAUAUUUUGACAAUAUACACGC